AUGGCAGAUCUCUUCGGCGAGAAUUUCCUAAGCGUUACCUCCUCUUCUUCUCAGUUACGGCCUACACCGACAAAUCAUGACCCACCAUCAGCAUCCACCGACCAUGGCGACGCGGAUAACCUCCAUCUUCCUCGUACCAAGCGCAUCGCAUGUGUCGUCUGUCGGCGACGGAAGCUGAGAUGCGACGGGAAGAGGCCGAGCUGCGGGACUUGCUCUCGAUUAGGUCAUGAAUGUGCUUACGAUGAGGUUCGCAAAAAGAGUGGUCCAAAGCGAGGUUAUGUGAAGCAGCUGGAAGCUCGCCUUGCCCAGGUUGAAAAUCUGCUAAAAACCCAGGAGCCGAGUGCAGCCCAGACUCAAGAAAAUCAUAACCAUAUUCCAGUAUCGAAUGAAAAUGAGAUGACGAGCUUACCGGACGUUCCCUUACUCGCAACCGAUCUGAGCACUUCUCUGUCACCUCCGCAGGCAAUAGCCGAGCAACAAGCUUUAUCUCAGGCAUACCUACCGCCAGGACUCAAUACUGGGGGUAACUUCGGUUGGGAUAUGUUGGGUCUGGGACUCGAGGAACCGUUGCCAACUCAGGAUGUUAUCGAUGAAUUGAACCAAAUCUAUUUCGACAAAGUGCAUCCUUCGCUACCCAUCUUGCAUCGUCCGAGACAUCUAGCAGCCAUGAACUUAGCCUACAACAUACGUCCCGCUGUGUGUCUACAGUAUAUGACCUGGUGCCAUGCAGCCGCGGUGAGUGAGAAAUACUCAAACCUGCAUGCCCUUUUUUAUCGGCGGGCGCGCAAAUACGCUGAAUUGGAUGAAAUGAAAGGCUUCGGGGAGAGCAUAGUUUCUCUGGCACAUUGCCAAACUUGGAUCCUGAUCAGCACAUACGAGUUCAAAAUGAUGUAUUUCCCGCGAGCCUGGCUUAGUAGCGGUAAAGCUACGCGACUGGCGCUCAUGAUGGGCCUGCAUCGGCUAGAUGGGUUGGGCCCCGAAGUGAAGCAAUCUUUACCACCCGCAAGAGACUGGACAGAAAAAGAAGAGCGACGAAGAACCUUCUGGGUGGCAUUCUGCAUUGAUCGCUACGCUAGUGCCGGAACCGGAUGGCCUGUCAUAAUUGAUGAAAAAGAUGUCAUGACAAAUUUACCCGCCAGUGAAGCAUCAUUUGUUAAGAGCAAGCCUGAGCGUACUCUACGUCUCAGCAGCGUUAUGCAAGGGGAUGGAAUCGCGACUUUGUCAUCUCUCGCAAGUGUUGUACUGCUGUCAGGCAUGUUCGGUCGCAAUCUUAACCACCUCCAUCGCCCUGAUCCGAAAGAUAACGACCACGAUCUAAAUGGCGAGUAUUGGAAAAGGCACAGGUCUCUUGACAAUAUUUUGCUCCAUUUCGCGUUGACAAUGCCCAGUCAUCUGCGGCUUCCAGCUGGAAUAGCCGACCCGAAUGUAGUCUUCUGCAACAUGGCUAUCCAUACGUCGACUAUUUGUCUACAUCAAGCUGCCAUUUUUAAAGCGGAGAAGAACAAGAUGCCCGACCAAAUUAUCACCGAGAGCAAGCGGAGGUGUAUUGUUGCGGCGGACCAAAUUUCAAGCAUUAUGAAAAUGAUCAGUCAUACAGAUUUGACUCUUAUGAAUCCCUUCAUGUCCUUUUGUGUGUACGUCGCCGCUCGGGUCUUCGUGCAGUAUCUGCAGUCGCGGCCCGACGACUCGGCUGCUCGUUCAUCCUUGCAGUUUUUCUUCUCAGCCCUUGAUGCUUUGAAGAACAAGAAUCCCAUGACCGAGUCGUUCCUUGUACAGCUCGACGUUGAUAUCGAGGGAACGGCGUUCCGCGAUAUACGGCGUCCAAUGACUGAGAACAGGUUGCCUGGGUUUGUGAACGGAAAAUGCACGUCCAUGGUGCCUAUGCACAACGAGUUCCAGACCUCUACUUCACUUCCAAAUCGCCAAAGGCAAACACCAGCGCAAGACCAGAACUCGGGAGGUGCACCGAUGGCUGGUGUUUCGCAGUCUUUCGUUGAACCGUCAUAUAAUCUCAGCUCCGGGCCUGAGACGGUAGGCUCAGGGACAGAUAUGGACCUUUCGCCUGGUUUCGACGACAAUGGAAAUCCGAUAUCAGAAGGCUCAACAUCGUCAGCCGUGAAAUCGUCCUCGAACACAUCUUACGUCGGUGCUAGUAGCACAUCGUCGCCAAAGGUACGGCAGCAUUCGCCCAUGAAUUUCUCGAAUCAAACAACCAGCCAUGUGCUCGGUAACAGUGAGUCGGUGCAUAUGCCAUCGGGCACCACGAAUACUGGGCAGUUUGACGGUUUCACAUACAAUGAUAAUAUCUUUUCAACCGGCGCUAUGCCAACUCUCGAUCCUACUGUUCCAGAGCCACCAUUCCCCAUUCCUCCAUCAUGGGAUUUUGCUGCUAUGCAAACAUCCAACGGAGAAAAUACCAAUAUAACGCCCGCGACAAUGGGUUCUCUCAGUGAGACCCAGUGGGCAGAACUCCUCAGUUCCAAUAACUGGGACGCCUGGCGAAACCAAAGCUAA